GCCGCCGCUGCCCCCCGUCUGUACCGCAGUGUCUGCUCCGCCCGCCCGCCCCGGCCCGGCCCGCCCCCCUCCCCCACCCCCGCCCCCGGUCCCGUCGGCGGGGCCCGGAACCCACUGUGCCGUCGCCUCCCUUUUUCGACGCCUCCGCCGCCGCCUGAGGAGGCGAGCUCGCCGGGAGUUACACCGCCACCGCCAGCAUGGAGAGAAUGACAGAAGACGCUCUUCGCCUGAACCUGUUGAAGCGAAGCUUGGACCCGGCGGAUGAGCGAGAUGAUGUCCUGGCUAAGCGACUCAAAAUGGAGGGGCAUGAGGCCAUGGAACGCCUGAAGAUGCUGGCACUGCUCAAGCGGAAGGAUCUGGCGAAUCUUGAGGUGCCACCCGAGUUGCCCACCAAGCAGGAUGGCAGUGGAGUCAAGGGCUAUGAGGAGAAGCUCAACGGGAGUCUCAGGCCUCACGGAGACAACAGGACGGCCGGGAGGCCCGGCAAAGAAAACCUCAGUGACGAGCCUGUGGAUAUGAGUGCAAGGCGGAGUGAGCCAGACCGAGGAAGGCUGACUCCCUCCCCGGACAUCAUUGUUUUAUCUGAUAAUGAGGCUUCCAGUCCCCGUUCCAGCUCCCGAAUGGAAGAAAGACUCAAAGCAGCCAACCUAGAGAUGUUUAAGGGGAAAGGUGUGGAGGAACGGCAGCAACUCAUCAAGCAGCUGAGGGAUGAGCUGCGAUUGGAGGAAGCCCGGCUGGUGCUGUUAAAGAAACUGAGGCAGAGCCAGCUACAGAAAGAGAACGUGGUCCAGAAGACCCCAGUUGUGCAGAAUGCAGCAUCCAUCGUUCAGCCGUCUCCUGCCCAUGGGGGACAGCAGGGCCUGUCCAAGCUUCCCUCCCGGCCUGGAGCCCAAGGGGUUGAACCACAGAGUCUGAGAACAUUACAGGGUCACAGUGUCAUCCGUUCAGCGACCACUACCACCCUCCCACAUAUGUUGAUGUCUCAACGUGUUAUUGCACCAAACCCAGCCCAGCUACAGGGUCAGCGGGGCCCACCCAAGCCAGGCCUUGUACGCACCACAACACCCAACAUGAAUCCUGCCAUCAACUACCAGCCGUCGAGUUCUUCUGUUCCCUGCCAGCGCACAGCAUCCUCUGCCAUCUAUAUGAACCUUGCUUCCCACAUCCAGCCAGGGACCGUGAACAGAGUGUCCUCACCACUUCCUAGCCCCAGCGCCAUGACCGAUGCUGCCAACUCCCAGGCUGCAGCCAAAUUGGCUCUUCGCAAACAGCUGGAAAAGACACUCCUGGAGAUUCCACCCCCUAAACCUCCCGCUCCCUUGCUUCACUUCCUGCCUAGUGCAGCCAAUAGCGAGUUCAUCUACAUGGUGGGCUUGGAAGAAGUUGUACAGAGUGUCAUCGACAGCCAAGGCAAGAGCUGUGCUUCACUCCUGCGGGUUGAACCCUUUGUCUGUGCCCAGUGCCGCACAGAUUUCACCCCCCACUGGAAGCAGGAGAAGAAUGGUAAGAUUCUGUGUGAGCAGUGUAUGACCUCCAAUCAGAAGAAGGCUCUGAAGGCUGAACACACCAACCGGCUGAAAAAUGCUUUUGUUAAAGCCCUACAGCAGGAACAGGAAAUCGAACAGCGACUCCAGCAGCAGGCAGCCCUCUCCCCCACUGCGGCUCCCGCCGUGUCCAGUGUCAGUAAACAAGACACCAUAAUGAGACAUCAUACGCUUCGGCAGGCUCCCCAGCCCCAGAGCAGCCUCCAGCGUGGCAUACCCACCUCUGCCCGUUCCAUGCUUUCCAACUUUGCGCAGGCGCCCCAGCUCUCUGUGCCCGGUGGCCUCCUCGGGAUGCCAGGUGUCAACAUCGCAUACUUGAACACCGGCAUUGGAGGACACAAAGCUCCCAGUUUGGCAGACCGGCAGCGGGAGUACCUUUUAGACAUGAUCCCUCCCCGGUCUAUAGCGCAGUCCAUCAGCGGGCAGAAAUAACGCCCGUCCACUCACGCUGCCCAGCCUCGAACCCUUCACCCCUCCUCUCCCAUCGCCCCCAACUUCCGUCGCAUGCAGUGCCUGUGCCGGUGCCCACCACGGAGAACAGAGACGCAGAGACGCAGAGAGACGCAGAGACACGGACAGCAGACACCGCCCUAGAGGCCCACAGGAUGCGCCGGCCCCGCCGCCCCCCUCCCUCUCUCACCACUGCGGUCCUGCUGCCUCAUCUUCUCUGCGGUUUCCACUCACAGUGAGGUGCUCCUCGCCUCCGGUGGAGGUCGGAGUGAGGUCCUGGGGAGACAUCUAAGCCCUCUGACGCGUGUUUCUAAAGUUUUUAUGCUAUAAUUAUUGUCAUUUUUAAUGAUGUUGUGUGUCCUCCCUUUGUUCAGUGGACGGUUAAACCUUUUUAUUUUCCCUCAAUAUUUUUCUUUUUUGUCUUUUUUUUUUUUUUUUUUAAACACAGAUGAUAUUCAGAUAAAUGACAGGAGCAUUGCAGGGGGCUCCCCAAUGGGACAGGACUGGGAGUGUUGGGGGCAGAAAUUUUUAAUGCACUUAACCUGGGGUGGGGUCAGGGGUUUGGCAUCAAAGAGAGGACGUCAGCCCUGGGUGUCUCUGGUCUGGACAGUCUGGGAGGCAGUGUUCAGCUGAAGUUGGGCUCUAAGAAUGAGGGGAAAGAUCCUGGAGGGAGAAGCUUUAAUCCACAGAGAAGGGGACAGGGACAUACGAGGACAAGCCAAGAGGAACGGAGGCUGGUCUUGGCCUCCUGGAUGCUCUCCUGGUCCCAGUGGAGGUGGAAGUCUCUUCCAGGUCAACUAGCCCAAAAUUAUUUCAUCUUAUUUUCUUUGUAAAAUUCUGCCCCUCCCCCCUGCCUUUUUAAUCCUGAUCUGCUCCUGGCAAGAGGGAAGAGCAGCCCCGUUGUAACCGUGUCCUAGAAGUGAGACAGAGGAGGGAAGGGAUAGACUGGGGGUGGGGGCGGAGAGACGGAGGGCUUUGUCUCCCAGCAGGUGAGACCCCAUCUGUCUUUCCCUCCACCCUGGGUGCCAGGUGCCAGGAGGGGAGGGCAGGGAGGCCUGACCAGCCUGGAGUCCGGCACUGAGUGCAGCACCCACUGCCAGAACCAGACACCUCUCGUUAAAACCAGCUCUGCACCUCUGUGCAAAGUAGCUGUUGUCGCCCCCCCACCCCACCCCCCAGAACUCUCUUAAUUUUCCUUUUGUGUUGUUUUCAGCUUUUUCUUAAGUGCUACUAAUGUAGAGAAUGAACUGAAUUGUGCAAUGUUGCUGUUCUGGGGUCAGGGGAGGUUAGCAUCCCAUCUAUCUGCCCACACCCUGGGGGCGGGGGGCGGGGACCAGGCUGGUUUGAGGUAAGGGAAGCCCCUUCAAGGUGGGGGUUUCUGCUCUCCUGUAAUGUUCACUCACCUGCCUGUGCAGCUCUAGAAGCUGCCAGAGUGCGGGGAAGGGGGGAAGGGUUACUCGGAGCAGAGAGGUGUGAGGACUGGAGUUUGCCCUUGAAAGCCACCUGGAAAAAUUCUCCCACUUUUAUGUUAAGAAAUUAAAUAACUUUUUUAAAGUAAGAAGGCACUUUUAAAAUUAACACACACACACACACAAACUGCACACCCUCCCCAUAAAGUUUGGGGGUUGGGGGGGUGGAGGAGUUGGGAUCAGGCUCAGUACCCCCCUCUCCGUACCCCAGAGCCCUGCGGGCCUCCCUGGGUUUUUUCUUUCCUCCCUUCCCCCAAAUUCAUUGAGCACUUAAUAAAGGAGCAGAGAUACACCCUGUGUCUGGGCUCCCCCAGUGGUGAAGUGAUCUGAAGCUAGAUGCUAGUAACAGAUAAUGAUGGGGCUGUUUGGAGUAUUUUCCAGGGGGAAUAUGGUACCCCUGACUGUAAGUGGUGGGAGAGGGAGGGGGGUUAUGAAACUGGGUCUGGGAUUAUUUUAAAAUUAUAUAUAUAUAUAUAAAGAUAUAUUCUUACAUCUUUUCUUUACCCUCUGUGCUUUGAAAGCACUGGAUAAAUCGUUUGGUUUUGCUUUUCUCUCUUCCACGAAUUUGGAAGCUUCUCCUCCCCCCCCCCCCCCCCCCCCGCACGCCCAAGUCAUCUUGCCUUGUGGCAUGUCUGUCUAGCCUCUUCCACCCCGCCCACCAUGAUGAAGUGCCAUUUCUGUUAUGUCUCCCCUCCCCCAGCUCGGAGGUACCAGGUGCCCAAGCCUGUCACUUGAGAUUAAAAGUAAGGAACAGAGAAUGUGCAAUACCGUCUGGUUGGGGCCGUCCCUGCCCUGAGCUGAGCCUCCUCCCUGGGAGCCAGGCCACCUUUGAAUGGGGUUUGGAAGUAGGAUGUGUAGACAAGAGGGGAGUAAUGGGGAAGGAAUGCCCAGCCGAGUGCCUGCCAGGGUGCUGAGGUAACGGGGGUGGACGGAGGACAGGGGGAGCCUUCCCUGCUUCUGUCCCCUCAGGCUCAGUUGCAUAGAGGCUGCUUAUUGACUAGUAUAGCUCCGUGACCCUUUGCUCAAUCGCUGAGGUUUGAUUUCUUAUCCCUCCUCCCCAUUUUCAUGCCCUUCCCUGGGAUUCGUGAUGGGGGUGAGUUUUCCUUAAUCAUGGUGAAGUAUUAGCCUUCCACCUCCUCCCUUGCUCCCCACCCCCAUCCUUCUGUCUUCCUUAUUUCUCUAGGUUUUCAUCACUGACCACCUUGUGUCCCUCCGAGUCUCUUGUUGCUCUCCAUCCCCUGGCUGGGCCUGUAGACACUAAACCUCAUGCCUAAAGAUGGGAGGAAAGACGCUCUGUUCAGAGUUAUCCUCUCCCCCAGAGCUCUGAAGCUCAGGGGACGACUAGAGUCAGGACCCCCUGGUUCUUCCUGGCUUCCUCCGUAUCCAGAGGUUCUCCAAGUAGUGGUUUAUGGACAGUGGCUUACUCCCUAGACGCCCGAAACGAGUAGAUGAGCAGGAAAGCUUGGGUAAAGCUGAGGGACAGAGGUCCUCAUUUGUCAAUUUUUUUUUUAAUUUUUAAUUUUCAUUUUCUAUUUUUGUCAUUUGACCACAGCAUCUGGACUUUCUCCAUCCCUGGAAUAAGUAUUUUUCCACAUUUUUGGAUGUAUGUAUGGUAGACAAUUUUUUUUUAAGACACAAAGAUAAAUGUUUUCCUGCUUUGGUUACCUUUCCUUUCCCCUUUAAAAGGACUUAGCUCUAGAGCCGCUUUGUAAAGAUGCUUCUUGGUAUUUUACUUUUGUCCCUUUCCCCAAGCACUCCUUCCCCCUAACCCUCCUCUCCACACCCCACCGCACCCGGCCCUAGGCUCCCCUGCCCUCCAACAAGACCUUCAUUAGCUUAUGAUACUUGCUGCCGAGAUGUUAUAACAAGGACUCAUUCGUGUAUAUAAGCUAUUUCUUGAUCCAUUUAAAAGGAAUUGUACAUUGUGUAGAAAAAAAAAAAAAACCUGAAAAAGAGAAAAAAAAGCCCUCGCCAUGGAUAUUGUGAAACUGUGUUACGUCAUUUUGUAAUGUGCCGUUUGUGUAUGAUCCGUGCAAAAGGGUUUCUGGGGAAGGGGCGGGGGUAGGGAGGCAGGGCUGUGGAGGGUGGGGCGGGGAGUGGGCCGGGCCCAGCACACUGAGACUGGCGGCUGCUCCAGCCCCAUCCCUCCUUAGAGAUGCCACCUCCCCCACCACCCACCCCUAAUUUGUGCCUUGCCUCCCGCCCUGGAGUAGUCCUCCGGGUCACCAGCACUGCCUUGGCAGAGCCCACUCCCUACCCUAACCUGCCCCCCUCCCUACACCCCAGCAUUAGGUGGAUACUGUGGGGAAGUGCUGGGGGGUCGGGAGGUAGCCGAGGAAUGGGGCAGUUCCCGGGGGCAUUGAAACCAAGUAUUAUUAUGAAUUGUAACUGUAUUUGCACUGUUUUUUUUCCUCUGAUUGCAUCAGCAUAUAUACAAUAUACCUAUAUAACAAAAUUCAGUGUCAAGCUUUCUUAUGCAAGGGAUCUCCCCCACCCCGCCCCCCCCAAAAAGAACCUAGUUCCACGGGUCUUUGAGAGUAGAUUAUCAGGGGUGAUAGAAGGAAAGGAUUUUAACAAGUCAUUCUAGGAAAGCCUCACGGACGGAGCUACGUGUAUCUGCACGCGGUUUUCGGCUUCGCAAAUUGGGGUGAGGCGGUUCCCCAUGAAAGCCAGAGCUCCUGGUCUGGGCCGUGGGGCGUGGAGCGCCGCAGCACGCGGGGUGGGGGAGGCAGCACUGUCCGGAGACCUGGGGUCUGGCCCCGGGCUCUCCCACUGACUUGCUUUGUGACCUUCGGUAGAGUUCAUCUUCCGGGUCUCCGUUUUCUUACUUGCGAAGUGACAGGGGCGGUCACCUGGCCACCACGUGUAAAAUUCGACCUUAUGCUUCCUUCCUCACCUGCAAAACAACAGCUUGAGGUGGGGAAGGUGUGGGGCUGAAGAUGCAGGGGGGACACCUACGUGUUGAGGUGCAGUGUGUGCGACCGGGCGCAUGAGGGCUGCCAGGCCCCUGCCAUUACUUUGGUUUUGGGAGAGGCGGCAGAGUGAUGUCUGGACAUCAGGAGGCCUGUGACUGCUUUGCCCUCAGACCCACAGGGCCCCCGGGGUGCUUGAGCGGUGGUGCCCGGCUGGCGGUCUAGUCACGCACACCCUUGUGGGCUGCGGGGUGCAGAACGUGCCCAUCUUCUUGGCGACAGCGUAGCGGAGCUCAGAUGCACUCCAGUUCCUGUGCCCUUCAGAACUCACGCCAGCCCUCGUGGGGGCUCCCCACAGCCUGGCUGAGGCUCCCACACUCCAGGCUCCCGGCUGGGGAAGCCUGGAGAGCAUCUGGGAAGGUGGCCGAGGCCUGGCGAAGGCUGGGGCAGAGGGGUUGGGGCGGGGAGCGGGGCUGGGGCGGGACGGGCCUCUCUGAGUGGGGGUGGGGGGGCAAGACCCUUUUGCACAGGCCCUAAGUUUCCUUUUUUUAACUCAUUCUGAUUUUCUGCAUUGUGUUUGGAAAUUAAAAUGAAAAAACCAAGACCAACGGAAACUGGUUUUCAAAAAGGCAAAUACACUCCCAUCUGUUUCAGAUGCUGCUGAGCAUUUCAGCAGUAACAGAUUCAAGUAAUAAGCUAAUUUUUGGAGAAAGGAUUAAAAGAAAAACUUUGUAAUAUUUAUCACUUGCAAGCUAUGUUUAAUAAAGAAAGGAAUGGUUU